GCGGGGCCGCGCCGCGGCUGACGUCACCGCCGGCAGCGCCUGCACAUGGGCGCGCGGCCGGGGCGCGCGGCGCAGAGCGGGCGGCGGGAGCGGCGGUGCUGCGCGGCGGAGGAGGAGGCGCCUCUCCCGCUCCCCUGCUCCGGCGGCCUCCGGGUGCCCCUCGCCAGCGCCGCGCCGCUCCGCCGCGCUUCGCAGCGGGCCCCGCCAGAGGAAAGGAGAGGCAAGGGAAGGAGCCGCCGGCCGCCGCGCAGCAGCUGCCCCGAGGGAGAGCCCACCAUGUCGCGGCCGCUCCCGCUGAACCCCACCUUCCUACCUCCCACCUACGGGGUGCUGAAGUCCCUGCUGGAAAACCCCCUCAAGCUGCCGCUCGCUCACGAAGACGCAUUCGGUAAAGAAAAAGACAAAGAGAAGAAGUUAGAUGAUGACAGCACCAGUACCACAGUCCCUCAGUCUGCUUUCUUGGGUCCAACAUUAUGGGACAAGACACUGCCAUACGAUGGAGACACUUUCCAGUUGGAAUACAUGGACCUGGAAGAAUUCCUCUCAGAAAAUGGCAUUCCACCCAGCCCAAACCAGCAUGAGCAUAGCCCACACCAGUCAGGUCUCCAGCAAGCUACCUCAGCAUCACCUUCUGUCAUGGACCUCAGCAGCAGGGCUUCUACUUCAGUCCACCCAGGCAUGGUGUCGCAGAACUGCAUGCAGAGCCCGGUCAGACCAGGUCAGAUCUUGCCAACAAACCGAAACACACCAAGUCCCAUUGAUCCUGAGACUAUCCAAGUUCCCGUUGGCUAUGAACCUGACCCUGCAGAUCUUGCUCUUUCCAGUAUUCCUGGCCAGGAGAUGUUUGACCCUCGUAAGCGCAAAUUCUCUGAGGAAGAGCUGAAACCACAACCGAUGAUUAAGAAAGCUCGCAAAGUCUUCAUUCCAGAUGACCUGAAGCAGGAUGACAAAUACUGGGCAAGGCGCAGAAAGAACAACAUGGCUGCUAAGCGGUCGAGGGAUGCCCGCCGCCUGAAGGAAAACCAGAUCGCCAUCCGCGCCUCGUUUCUGGAGAAGGAGAACUCGGCUCUCCGCCAAGAGGUGGCCGACUUACGGAAAGAGCUGGGCAAAUGCAAGAACGUCCUUGCAAAGUACGAAGCUCGACACGGCCCCCUGUAAAUUCAAGGAGGGGGAGUGGGUUUUUUCUUUUUUCUUUUUUUUUUUUUUGUUGCAGGUUGGCAUUUGAAUAGAUGGACAAUGUGUUUCCUGUUUGAUAGCACCACACCCAAACCAACCUUUCUGUCUUCAGCACUUUACCAGAAGCAGAAACAAAACUGACUUACUUUAUUUUUUUUGUUUGCGUAUGCGUGUAUCUGCGUAUGUGUGCACACGUGUGUUCAUGUCUGUAUAUGUGUGCGUGUGCUUGUGUGUGCGUCUGUGCGUGCGUGUGUGUGUCUGUGCGUGCGCACGCGUCUCAGCACUUCCCAUUUUUACGAAGCCCUCUUCAAAGGGUGCCGCAUUUUUACCUGGACUGUUGAGAACCGCCAUAGUAAGCUUUUUAUUAUAUUUUUUUCAGUGCUGCUUCAGAUUAGGGUUUUUAUGUUAUUGUAACCAGUUCCAUCCUCCUGAUUUACUUGGAAAGAUCCCAGUAUAAAUUAUAAAAAAAGGAAAAAAAAAGAAAAAAGAAAAAAAAGUAGAUCUCAGUUUUUCGAGAGUAACAAGCUAUUGUUUAAGUAUGUCUAAUCAGAAAAGUUAACAUGCUAAUAAAGUGCACAAAUAAUAAUUAAUUUAGUACUACACUGCAGAAAUAUUAAUUUAUAGAUUGCUUUUGUUGUAUUUUAAGUUUUGGUGAUAAUUGUCUCAGAUUUAAAGUGCUGUUAGACUGAGUUAGCUAUACUCAUUAUAGAUCCCAUAAUGGCUUAUCUAUAGCUAUUAAGGUUCCUUUUCUUUCCACAGACCCCAGAUAGCUAGGAGUAAUAUUGAUAGACCACAGAGUGUGUAUUUUGCACUGUCUGUACCUGAAGCAAUAAUCCUAUUGUACGCUAGCGCGCAUGCUGCCCGGGUGUUCCUAGUGGACGUAGGAUGGUUUCCCUACCCAACAGGAGUUUUAAUGUCUUUAACAAAAAAAUUAAGACUUAAAAGACACAUUAAUGUGAGCAUGCUAAUUGUAUCCCUGCUACAGGGAGCGCAUGUAUAAGAAGCAGGAUAAUUAGUUGAAACAAGAACAAAAUUAAUAGUAUCAAAUCAGAUCCGAUGUUGAAAUCAGAGGGGCUUUUUUUUUGUUUUCAGUUAGUUCUGCAUUUCUUCAAGUUCCAUUUUGUGAUUAAAAAUUAAAUAAAUACCUACAUUCAGUUGUUUUUUUCCCAUGUUUUGUAAUAUAUUUUCUGUGGAUUAUAUCUUGCUGUUUAAAAAUCACUUUUAUUCAGUUAGAAGAAGUCACUGGUUUGCAAAGCCCAUCUUUCCUAGUGAUUGUUGUUUUGAGUGUGACAUGAACUGAUGGUUCUGAACUUUAUUAUGUUUCAAUCUCUCUAUUUGCUUUUGAACACGUAUGUUCUAAUAUAAAGUGGACUUCUGAAAAAUGAAUGUAAGAGACACUGGUGUAUUUCAGAAGGGGAUGGUGUUGUCAUAUACUGUGGUUAAUCCAAUCAAUCAAAGUGUUUACUAUAGACCAAAAGAAUAGAUAUUAUAAAAUGUAUAAAGUUUAUACAGAAUAAUUAUAGUAUGUUCGUUUUGUACAGUAUUUUUCAAGUACAAAUACUGACAAUGUAUUUUGAAAGACAUAUAUUAUAUAUAGCAAAAAGAAAAAGCUAUUCCAUGUUUAAAAUAUAUAGCAAAGAUAUAUAUUCUCCAAUAUUGUACAGAAAGGAAAUGCUUAGGGUUUUUUUUUUUUUUAAAUCUUUAAUAUUUUAAGCCUACCACUGGCACAUCGGUAUAUUUUGUGCUUUAAAUUAAAUUUUUAUGGAGGUAAUAUGGCUUUCCAGGGGGUUCCAUAUUACUAGAAAAGAGAGAUUUUAUUAUUUUCCAUGAGAAACACUUAAAGAAUCUGUUUAAUAGGGACAAAGCACAACACGUUUUAAUCAACUCUUGAUUGGACAAUACAAUAUUUUGUAAAGGCAGAAAAAUAAUAUAUAGUACAAAAAAACUCACAUUCAUUUCUAAUCUGCUGCUGCUGCUAGAAUUUGUUUCCAGCUGAAAGUUUUUUUUAUAAAUAGCUCUGCUCAUUUAUACAGUUGUAUGUACUGCAUACGUUUCUUAACAUGUGAGGAAAAUACGGUGCUACAUGUCUUGCUCACGGUUUUCUAAGUGUUUUGACAUUAUUUUCAAAUAAAAAGGUUGUUCAUUCCAUUAAAUCGCUAUUCAUGCUUCAGGAGAUUGUUACAGAGGACUUAACGUUUUGUUCAGCGUUAAAUAUAUCCUUGCAUCAAUGGCAUUUUUCCAGUAUUUUUCCUCAAACGUACCCGACUUGUCCGUGUCCCCUAAUGUGCAGUACUUGCCCGUGGACCAUUUAUUCAGUGCAUUGAAUUUCCAUGUGCUGCAGCAAAGUUUCAAGUUUAGCGAGUUAUUUUCUAAAGGUCAGUAUACGCCACUGGAUGCAAGGGUAGAGAAAUGAGGCUGAAAGUGUUUGAUACAAGUCAGUAUAUCCGCUAUAUCCACUAGGAAAGAAACCUUUUUUCUUUUUUCUUUGGCAUAGGUUUUUGCCAGUGGCAGGGUUCAGGCAGCCGGCCACUGCCAUGGAUACACUUUCAGCAGCAACAGAGCAAACUGCCACAGCAUUACAAUUGCCAUCGCUGUGAUUAUUCUUGGGGUGACACUUAAAUGGCAGAAAUUGUGGAUGUGCCAUCAUUAGCUGGUGCGUAAAUAGCUAGAACCAUUGGUGGGUUGCACUGUGACCACAAAACAUUCAUUAAAACAUAAAAGGCAGCUCGGAAGAAAUUACAGAGGAUUAUGUUGUUUCUUUUGGGCAGGGAAUGGUGGGAGGCGGUAGUCUAUAUAAGGCAGGUUUCAGGGAUGUAUUAAUCCACGGCGCAGGACUUGGACACUCACCUCUUUUACUGUGAGGGUCAGGUACCCUCGCUCAACUGAAAAGCUCACCCUCUUAAAAAAAAAAUAGAUGAGAAAUAUGUGUGGGAUAAAACUUGAAAAAAAUAUAUAUUUUUUUUCCAAACAAGGUGUCACCCCAGAAUAACAGUUAAAAAAAAUAAAUAAAUACAUAUAUUUGUCUCAUUUUCAGUUCGUAAGGACGGUUUAGCUGGGAUCAUCAGGCCUCUGAUGGCUUUGUUGCUCAUAAAGGAGCUCGUAGGUCUAUCAAAUUAUAAUUUUAUAAAAAAAGAAAUAUAUAUAUUUGCAGAAUAAUUAAUAGUGUCUCUACAUAAUUUGCUGACCUCGAUUAAACAAUAAGCAUUGGUAAAAUGCGUACAUAUUUUUUGCUGAAACGUAAAAGUGAAUUCUUUUUUUAAAAGAAAAGCCCUCUUAAAAAAAAAAAUAAAUUGAAUUUGAGACAUUUGUGAAUCCUAGCACCUUGGGCAUCUGCUUGGGAAAGUGUGCGGCGGGAGGGGUGGGGAUUUGGGUUUUUUUUUUUUUUUUUCCCCCUUUUUUUUUUUUUGUGGUGUGGUGCGAGAGUCACCAGCGCCACAGGAUUUAAGUUCUGACUUGAAUCCACAAAAGCAAGAAAUUCAAAAUGACAGGCUGAAGUCUGAGCUAGGCAUUAAGCUUAGCUUAUUUAGUUGUGCCUACACACGCGUGCACAAACGUUAUAUAGCUCUGCAGAAGCUGUAAGUUGACUGAGUGAAGUAGAGCCAAAAGCCCCCCCCCAAAUAUUUGAAUAUCUUGCAUCUGUGGGUUUGUAAUAGCCCCAAUUAUUGCUUUAAAGCUAUUUUUGCAUGUGAUUUACACUAGAGAUGCGCAGUUUAUUUUUAUUUUGUUGGGUUUUUUUUUAUGUGAAGAAAAAAAUUAUGUGUAUUAAAACUUGCAAGUGAUCAACCAUUGUAUUUCUGGCAACACCACAAGACAGCAUCUGUUUAAAUACAAGUUUAACAAAUAAGAUCAAAUUAAAUGUAUGACAUGAAAUGGAUUGCAUCCUGUAUGCUGUUCAGCCCAAAUCUUUUUUUUUGUCUGUUAUUCUUAAUGUUUAAUAAACUUUUAAAUUUUUCUUCUCUCA